UGGGGAGGGAGGGAAGUAGGGCCAAACAAAACACCAACCGCCAUCUCCCCCCAAACAAGAAGUGACUUUCUGGAGGCUUCAAAUCAACAGGCACCACCAAAAAGAGAAAGCAGGAGGGGGGAAGCAAACAACGGCGACCGGCAGCCGCCUCCAGCCCUGACAACUCCGAAGGGACGCGCUUUUCGAAGGCGGCUAGCAGGCUGGGGCUCUGCGCAGAGGGACCAGAAGGUGCCAACCUCAGAGAGGCGCAGAUAUCUCCCCCAGCCUCUGUGGGUUUUGUUCACCGUGCUGUCAUCUGUUUUUCAGACUUUUUUUUUUUUUUUUUGCAUCUAACAUGGUGAAGAAAGGCGUGAAGAAGAGAACAAAGUAACUCCGGGUGGAGUGAAGAUCGCUGGUGACCACCGCCACCGCCACCACCAGCUCCUGCUACUGCGGCCACCCACAUCCACCAUUCACCGGGAGACUCGAGAGGUUCACGGCAGCGGCAGCGGAUCCGAGAAAGGAGCCAGGAGAGGCAGCCGGCCCUUCCGAGGAGUUAUGGAUGUUGGUGUAUUCACUUCUGGCCAGAUCCGCGCCCAGAGGGAGCUAACCAGCGGCCUCCACCUCCAGCUGUCUCCUUGCCUCGCACCAGGUCUUACCCUUCCAGUAUGUUCCUUCUGAUGAGACAAUUUCCAGUGCCGAGAGUUCCAGUACAAUGUGGAAAUGGAUACUGACACAUUGUGCCUCAGCCUUUCCCCAGCUGCCCGGCUGCUGCUGCUGCUGCUUCUUGUUGCUGUUCUUGGUGUCUUCAAUCCCUGUCACCUGCCAAGCCCUUGGUCAGGACAUGGUGUCACCAGAGGCCACCAACUCCUCUUCCUCCUCCUCCUCCUCCUCCUCCUCGUCCUCCUCCUCCUCCUCCUCGUCCUCCUUUUCCUCUCCUUCCAGUGCGGGGAGGCAUGUGCGGAGCUACAAUCACCUCCAAGGAGAUGUCCGCUGGAGAAAGCUGUUCUCUUUUACCAAGUACUUUCUCAAGAUUGAGAAGAACGGGAAGGUCAGCGGUACCAAGAAGGAGAACUGCCCGUACAGUAUCCUGGAGAUAACUUCAGUGGAAAUCGGAGUUGUUGCCGUCAAAGCCAUUAACAGCAACUAUUAUUUAGCCAUGAACAAGAAGGGGAAACUCUAUGGCUCAAAAGAAUUUAACAAUGACUGUAAGCUGAAGGAGAGGAUAGAGGAAAACGGAUACAAUACGUAUGCAUCCUUUAACUGGCAGCACAAUGGGAGGCAAAUGUACGUGGCACUGAAUGGAAAAGGAGCUCCCAGGAGAGGACAGAAAACACGAAGGAAAAACACCUCAGCUCAUUUUCUUCCAAUGGUGGUCCACUCAUAGAGGAAGGAAUGUUUGUGGACACAGCAGAACUAAAGGCCCUUUCGCCAGGACUAGUCGGUAUUCUUCAUGAAGACAGUAGCUCAAAAGGCAAAGACACAUUGCAGAUGUCUGCCUGCUUGCAAGAAAGGAAGUCUUUGAAGGUUUUGUACUCACUGCUGACAUAUGAUGUUCUUUUAAUUAGUUCUGUGUCAUGCCUUAUAAUCGAGAUAAUAGGCAGAUUAAAUGGGAUGGAAGUUAUUCCUAAGUGAACAACACUGUGGCUGGGUUUUUGGUUACGUUUUUGUUUAUGUUCUUGUUUUUGAACCUCUGAGAUAGAACUUAAAGGACAUGGAACAAUCUGUUGAAUGAUCUUCGGGAAAGCUAUUUAUGGAAUACGAACUCGUAUCAAAAACUUUCAUUGCUCAUUCAAGCCUAGUGAUUCAAUGAGCAGUAGGACAUGCAAGCAUUUACUGGAAAGCACUUGGGUCAUAUCAUAUGCACAACCAAAGGAGCUUUGGGCGUGGCAUCAAGGAAGAAUUGGAUAAGAUUUAAAAAUGUAAACAUGUUAGCGUAAAACUGUUCUAACAAAACAAAUAGUAUGGUAUGCUUGUGCAUUCUGCCUUCAUCCCUUUCUAUUUCUUUCUAAGUUAUUUAUUUAAUAGGAUGUUAAAUAUCUUUUGGGGUUUUAAAGAGUAUCCACAGCAGCUGCCCUCUGAUUUACCUUUUCUUUUUCUUCAGCACACCCCAUGCAUGUUCAUGACAAAGUGUUUUUAAAACUUGGCAAACACUUAAGACUAGGAGAGGAGCUAGGGAAGGAGGGUGAGAGCCCCGUGUAAUAUCAGUUAACUUAAUAUCACUUCUGCAACAAGAAGAAUCAACAGUAAAUAUGACAGUGCUGGGGCAUGGCUUGAUGAGACAUAUCUGCCAUCAUUUAGAAAGAGCUAUCACUCCUAAGGCUUCCUUUCAUAAAAAAUAGACCAGAACGCCAAAUUCUUUUCUCUCAGUAUAUCAAUGGGUCUCCAAUACAAAAAGAAGGAAAAUUGUGAAGUAAAUUUUAGUAGCCUAGCCUCAUUAUUUGCUAAUGAUUUUUUGCCAUGGCUCACAGUAGUAAGUGAUGAAGAGGCUGUCUGCAUAUAUAAGAACCCUUUGUAAGUCCCACAUAGCACAUCUCCCCCCCAAAGGAAUUAUCAAGAAAUUUGAAGUGCAACCCUUCCAGGGGCUUAAACUGAGCAAAUAUAUCCUGGUAUAUGUCUAAUCACAUACGGAAACCUGUUCCAGCUGUAUGGCCUAGUCAUUACAAAACCAAAUAAAACUUAUUUUCUGUAAAUUUAAAGAGCUUUGGAAGAUUCCAUAAUGUAACCAUAUCAAAAUUCAUUUUGUUAGAGCAGGCAUAGAAAACAAUACAUAGGAAUAUACCAGUCAUCGUCACAUUGUAUUCCACUAAAUAAACACAUAAGCCUUAUUUGCAGUGUCUGUAGUGAUUUUAAAAGAAAAGUGUAGAAAAAUACUAUUUGUUUUAAAUACUUUAAAUCAUAACUAUAAGAUUAUAUUGAUGCUGCGGUUUUAUCUUCAUAUUUCUUGUUUUGAAAAGGUCUGUUUAUUUUUAUUGUUCAGACACAGUAUUUUGGUACAAGGGAAAGACUCACUAAAUGUCUUUUUACUAAAGUUGAACCUCUAGAAAGGCUGGUGUUUUGUGAUCCUCUCUUAUAACUUCAUCGUGUCGAUACUUAACCAGCACGUCCAGUUAAUCUGUUACUUAAGAAUUAGUUUUAUUAAGACAUUUUCCCAUGAAGUUAUUCCAUUACAGGUCUUUAUUUUUUCCAUUCCUUAAAAAAGGUGGAAUUUCAAAAGAUAUGCAUUUGAGGCAGCGUGUUUUGGCUUAUGGCUAAAGUUGCAUUUCAUAGCAUUUGGCUUCCAACUUGCUUCUUGACAAAUCAGAUUCUAAAAAUGUUUAAUUUUUGUGGUUGGAAUCUGUAUGUUAAAAUAUAAUUGGUAACUGAGUCUGAGAGUUGUAAUGUAAUGUAUUGCUAUCAGAACUAGAUUAUCUUUGUUCUUUUAUUUUAAAUAAUAAUUGCACCUGACACAUGAACACGGACCACCCAAAACCAAAAUUAAACGUUUGGUAAGACAAAUACAGUAUUAGAUGACUACACUAACAGCAAACAGGGCACAAACUGGAUUCGUAUUUCACAUAGCCAUUUAGAUUACCAAGGAGACUAUGUGUAAACAGGCAUCGUUAUUGCACUCGAAACACUAAAACAGCUUCUAGCAAAAUGUAUCAAAGCUUGCAGAAGCCAAAAAUAGAAAACAUAUCCCUCACCUCCCCCCCAACACACACACACACACACACACACACACACACACACACACAGAUAAGAACAGAAACAGUAUGGUAAGGAGUAAGGAGAUUCUCCUGCAUUUAAAAAUGGCAUCUUUGCUUGAUAAUUGAGACAGAAUUCUGGUCCCCUCUGCAGCUGGAUUGUGCUACUGAAGAAAAAGCAGUUCCAGUCUGGAAUAUUAUAUGUUAAAAAGAAAUCAUCAUGAUUUGGGGAGCUCAGCCUCUGUGGGAAGUGUGGCCCCCGGCCAUGAUGUCAAAGUGUGUCAGCCACAAAUGUAUGUCCCCAUCUGAGUGUUGGUUCGGAGAAGACUCCUCAUAAAGAUAUAGAAUCCCUUCCUCCUCCUACCUCCCAAAAGGCUGAACAGUGUAUAGUAUGUUACAUUUAAGUAAAUCAAUAAAAAUGCUGGGAAAAGAAAACAGAAAUAUUGUCCUUGUUUGUUUUAUUAGCCUAUACCUAACUAUACCUGGGAAUAGAAAGAGAGGCUCUAGUGUUCUAUGCAUGGCAGGAUGUGGUUAAAUGCCCCACAGUCCCAAACAACAACAAAAGAAAAACAUCACUCAAACAUUUGUAAGUUUUCUUUAAUGUUUUACAUGUGUGAGUCAGCUAUCCUUACUCUAAUAACAACCAAAUGCUUUGGAUUUUUCCUAAGUAUUCAGGUCCACCUAAUUUACACAGUGGAUAAAGAAGGAUGAAUUGAAAACAAGGAUGGCUUGUGAAACAAUGAAAGACUUUUGGAGGAAAGCCAGGAGGCUGCAAAAUCUGAUUUCAAGGGGAGAGAAUAGGCCAAUGAAUUUGAUUUGAGAAGUAGAGACAGAAAAGCAUAUAAUUAUGCAAGGGGUGUCCGGGACCCAAGAAAAGUUAUGGACACUAUCUAAAUUGGCCAGCAUGAAUACUGCACAGUGCCAAUAAUUUGGACAUUGUUCAUUCAGGAUUUAUGAUUAUUCAGCAAAAAUAAAAUUUACCCUUUCCUUAUCAGUGAAGGCAUUAGCUGUUCCAAACUUUGCUUAAAAAAGUUAACUGUAGGAAACCAUGAAAUACUUACAAUACCUCGUGCAUUAGAAGUAACCCAUUUACAUGCAAACAAAUACCAUGUUGAAUAAGAAUUCUUGUCUAUUUCACUUGACAGAACUUUUCCAACUUAAAGCAGUAAGGAAAAAAGAGGAGUAUUUUGGAAGCGUACUGGAAAGAAAAGGACAAGUCUGAGUUCCACUGGAACUGGGAUAUGAGGCAACUAAGUUCUGCCUCCUCACAGGCACUCAUUUCCUCUUACCUCAGACUGGCUUUUUUUGCUGGGCUACUUACUGCUUGCCACCGAUUUCCAUCCUUCCAACUCUGAAACCGCAAAUCUCUUUUUCUCAAGAUCUCCAAGUGCAAAUAUACUAGGUGUGACUGUUACUGGCCAGGUGUGGAGAGCAUCACAACCUCUAGAGCAAACAGUCUGGCAUGGGGACUGGCCAAGUGUCAAGCACAUGACCACAGAGCUGCAAGGUGCAGCUUCUGCCCACAACUGGAAGUAAUGAAGAACAGUGUACCAAGGAAAGGGCAGAGUGCUGGACAGGUGCAAAACCCAAAACGGUUCUUAGUUAUAUCAGUGAGACCACUGACCUAAUCAUGUAUCUCUUUUUAAAACAUAGAUCUUUUAAUCUUAUAUUUUUCACUAAUUCUAAUUAGCCUUCAUCUAAUUUGUUCAAAUCAGUGACAUCUCAAGAUUGUUUUUCUUUUAUGCAUCUUUUAUAAUGAAAAGAUUAUAUUUGUUUUGCUUUGUUCUAAAGCCAAGAGAAGGACCCUGAAUGUAGCCAGGAUCACUGUAAUUCUGUAAACUUUACAGAAUAAUAACAGAUGAACGAAAGUUUUCACUAAGUCAAAAGGUAAUUCUUCUACUCAAUACCAGCCUCUAUCAUAAUAACAAGAAAAGUUAUUUAACUCAAGA